AUGGCCUUCUUCAACUUAUAUCUACUGGGAUAUCAAAAUUCCUUUCGUCACAAGAAAAGGGACACAAGUGAAAAAACAAACCAUAAGGAACUGGUGUCCAUGAGGCUUCCCCCAAUUAACUCAGAAGAUGGGAAUUAUUCUGUGCACCAGAAUAGCCAUACAAGGUACCACACAGCUGUCAGGAAGAUGUUGUUAAAGACAUUCCCCAAUCAAGUCUUCAGAGUCCCCUUGACUGAUGCUCAGAACUUCAGCUUCUGGAGGUCCCACGAUCCAGGAGUGCGCCCAGAGGAAACCAUGCCAUGGAUCCGGGGCCCUCGCCACUGCCUCAUUAAAAGCCCGAUGACCAGGCUUAUGGACCACUCUAUCCUCAAUGACAGAAUCUUCCGUCUGUAUUUGAGCAGGAUGUGUUUGCGGAAGGACAGGAUAGGCUGUGGAAGAAGGACAAAGAAGGGGAAAGAGGAAGAAAGUGUGCUGGUUCCGAUGGCUGACUAA